AUGUGUGCAGUGGGGAGUGGAGCGCGACUCAUAUCCGUUUGCUACUUUGAGUCUGAAAAUGAUUGGUGGGUUAGUAAACACAUCAAGAAGCCCAUCCGUUCAACUGUCCUCAGUUUAGACUGGCAUCCAAAUAAUGUGCUUCUGGCAGCUGGGUCAUGUGACUUCAAAUGCAGGGUAUUCUCUGCAUACAUCAAGGAGGUGGAUGAGAAACCAGCUCCAACCCCAUGGGGGUCCAAGAUGCCCUUUGGGCAGGUGAUGUCAGAGUUUGGCGGGGCAGGAAGUGGAGGAUGGGUUCACAGCGUCUGUUUCUCAGCCAGUGGGAACAGACUGGCUUGGGUCAGCCAUGACAGCACCGUCACUGUAGUGGACCCCACAAUAAGCUCAACGCCAAGCCAGUUGAAGACAGAAUAUCUUGCUCUUCUGAGUGUGACUUUUGUUUCUGAGAACAACAUUGUGGCAGCAGGUCACGAUUGCUGCCCUAUGCUGUUCAGUUUUGAUGAUGGUGGAAACUUGACCUUCAUAUCCAAGUUGGACAUUCCAAAGCAGAGCAUCCAGCGCAACAUUUCUGCCAUGGAACGCUUCCGCAACAUGGAUAAGAGGGCCACCACUGAGGACCGCAAUAGCACCCUAGAAACCCUGCAUCAGAACAGCAUCACCCAAGUGUCUAUAUAUGAAGGAGACAAAAGAGAUUGUCGCAAAUUCUGCACUACAGGAAUUGACGGAGCAAUGACCAUAUGGGAUUUCAAGACCUUAGAGUCUUCAAUCCAAGGCCUGCGGAUCAUGUAAAGCUUACACGAACUAGCAUGACACAGCACAAGCAAUGCAGCUCGAAGACUAACGAGGAGAUUUCCGAUAACACUUCUGAAGGUUUUUAAGUAAAAGAAAAGAAAAAAAAAAAGCACUGAGCAGUGGUGUGAACUGAUGUAUGACACUCUUAAAAAAGGAAAAACACUAAUGGAAAAAGGGGUUAGGAUCUUUGUUUGUUUUUUUUAAGAAGAAAAAAAAUCUAUGCCAAAGCUGGCACCCCAGCAGUGUGUGAUGGUUGAUCAAAAUGUUCUGGGUCUCCAGGGGAACCGGAAAGGAGUUAAAUUAAAAGGAGAAUUUUAUGUAAAUGAUCUGCUAGAAAUAAAUGACGUAUACUACACAA